AUGAUGUCUGGCCCAUAUAUCGACGGACUUGGUACAAAGAAAAGGAGACGCUGCGAGAACGCCGUACUUGACAGCGACGAAUCAUCAAGUUUUUUUUCUUCACCCGAUGACGAAGAGAUCUUGGAGAAACACAGGCGAUAUAAGAAGCGACGUGUCACCCAAUCCGACGCGGAGGUUAUUCCAACGUUCCGACCGGAUGAAAAAUCUAGCAACGUCAAGGGAUGGUUGCAUAAGAUCGACCAAUUGGGCGACGUGUACGGAUGGGACAACAAAGAUCGACAGUUCAUCAUGCAGAUACGUCUUCGAGGGUCGGCUAGAGACUGGUAUGAAGAUCUGGAUGACUACGAUCUCACAUGGACGGAGUGGAAGGACGCUUUAAAGACCGCAUUCCCACGUUCUACUGACUUUGUGGAUUUACUUGAAUCUAUGCUCGCUAGAAAGAAAACGAAUACGGAAACUAUGACAAAAUAUUUCCACGACAAGGUUUCUUUAUUAAAAAAAUGCAAUAUCAAUGGCGAGUCUGCAAUAUCGUGCAUAAUUCGCGGUCUACCCAUGGAAAUAAGAGCCAACGCGAAAGCAUUCCAAUGCAGUACACCACAGCAACUAUACUACGGGUAUUUGUCGUCAUUGGAAACCUACAAACAAAUUGAAGCCAGCCAUCCGCGACCAACUACCACGUGGCGAAGAGGGGACGCCGUUGCUACAAUUACAAGAGGGAGUGACUUUCAACCGAAGAAAUGCUAUGCCUGCCGAAGAGAAGGGCAUGAAGCAAAGGACUGCAAGGUGCCACGCUGCGAGGUGUGCCAUCGCCCGGGUCACACGUCUGCUAGCUGCUGGUAUGCGGCCAGCUCUACACAUCAAAAAGACAAUUGGUACUUUAUAGGAAUAACCAGAGAAAGCACUAAUAUAACUAGGAAACUUAAUGGGUUAUAUACAGGACCCUAUAGAGUAAGCAAAGCAGAACACUCGUUAGAUCGCUACACAAUAUGUAGUAUUAAAGGCAUGAAAGGUUAUCGAAAAUUUACGGCUGUUGUUCGCGGUGAAGUCCUCCGACCUUACAAUUCUUCCAUUCCCGAUGAUAGCAGCGGCAGUGACCAUGAGGUUGAUAGGAACGACUUGAUAGAUUUAUUAGAAAGUUAA